GAGCUGCGCGCCCUGGCGACCGCCUGCGCGCGCGGAGUGCCGCCGAGCUUGGCGGAGGGCGACGGCGGCGAGGCGCGCGCGCGCCUCCGCGUGGACCGCUGGUCGCCGCGCGCCCUCGUGGAAGCGUUCAUUGCGAAGCGCCGCUUCGAGUGCGAGCUUGGGAGGUGCGCGGGCGCGAGCGGGGCGCUAGUGGACGUGAUGCAAGACGCGCCAAGCCUUCACAGUCUGUUCCACUUCAUUUCGUCCAACGGCGAGGAGGAGGUCGUGAUGCGUCUCCCGUAUUUCGUUGACGGGGCAGACGACGGCGACGACGCCAUAUCUCCUCAAGAGUUCAUGAGCAUCGUCCAGGGCACGCAGAAACUCAACGUGCGAGAGCUGAUACGUCGCGGCGCUUCCAUGGGGGUACUGGCAACCAGGCCGGAGGUGCUGGCCGUCUACGUGGAUCCGAGAUGGAGGCGUGGCGACACGUUGUUCUACAUGAGUGGCGUCGGCAUUCUCCCCGACUGGGGUGACGUGCCCGAGGUGGCUAUGCAGGUGGGUGGGGGAGAUGUCGUGUACCGUCUGCGCUCUUACGUCCAGUACAAGUUGCCUGAAGAAAAAAGCGUUGCCCCUGCUGGCCUCCUGACAGACCCCGAGGGUCACUGCGUGGCUCACUUCGAGGAGGGCGACGAGUGGUACACUGCCGACGACCUGGGCGAUCGCCCGCACGUGGCCCAGCGGCCGCCCGGGACCCAGCAUGGGAUGCCCGUGCUGGUCUUCCUUGAGCCGGUGGGCUCCAGAGCGGCCCGCGCCGCGGAGUGCCCGUGGCCGCCCGGGCAGGUCGUUGACAGCGCGGGGGGCGCGGGCGACGACGGUGACGUGAGCGCGGGCGGUGAGGACUGCCCCCGCCUCGUCGGGGAGUGCGAGGGGGAGGGCGGGGCCUGCGACGCCAGCCUGUCGGGCGCGCGGAAGCGGCCCGCGGCGUCUGCGAGGAGCGGCGCCCCUGCCAGGAAGCGGCUCCGCCUUCGAGGGAAGCAGAGCGCAGCUGGGCGGCAGCAGAGCCGCGCCGGGAGGCAGCAGAGCCGCGCUGGGAGGCAGCAGGAGAGGCAGCAAAGCCGCGCUGGGAGGCAGCAAAGCCGCGCAGGGAGGCAGCAGGAGAGGCAGCAGAGCCGCGAUGACCAGAAGCGCGGUUGUCGGCCAGAGGAGGUGCUGCGGCAGGGGCGGAAGCCGAAGAGCAAGGGCGACGACGCAGACGGGUCCAGGCAGGACGCCCAGAACAACGCCGCCGCCCCUGUCCUGCGCAGCAGCAGAGGGGCGAAGAGCUUGCAGGCGGCCUGUGACGCGCGCCGGGAGUGCGGCGACCUUUUCCUGCUCUUGCACAUGCUGGAGCCGCUGGCCACUGCCGAUGACUUGCUGAAGCACUACCUGGACUUCUUCGUCUACGCCGGCGACGACUGCGCCAACCGAUGGGCGACGUUCCUGCGCGCCCCCGAUCGGCCUGACAAGUUGGCUGGCAGGCUGCGGGAGGCGCUCGGGGUGACGGAGGAGGAGAUUUCCGACGCCGAGCGCCGACUGGGGAGCGGGGAGUGGCACAUGCACCACGUCGCGGAGCUCCUGGACGAGCGCCUGAACUCCGCCCGCAGCGCCCACUCCGUCGCGGCCGCGGUCCGCUCGGCGGUGGGCGACGGGCCGGGCGCGCAGGGCGACGGCAACCCGCUGAGGGCGCACCUGGCAGAGGCGUGGCAGCGCAGACCCUGCAACCGCGGCCCGCCCCGGCACUCGGCCAUGCCGGCGCGCCUUCGGGAUCGCUCUGAGUGGUUCCAGUGCCCCGCGCCUGCGCUGCAUUAUGCCUGCCGCAUGUGCGAGGCCGAGUUCCCCAACAGGGAGGCUUUCAAGGCGCACCAGGGCAGAGUCCACGGGGGGCAGCGGUGGUGCCAGUCGCAGUGCGUGGCGCGGUGCGAGCUGGAGCCCUACCAGCCGUCGCCGACCGAGGAGCGCCAGGUGGUUGCCAGGUUCCACAUUUCCCAGUGCUGCGCCACCGUCGACCCCGUGGACGAGCCGUUCGUCCCGAAGCCCGAACCGGAGGUGCAGAAGCAGCUGCUCCACGCGGAGAUCGUCGGCAGGAUCAUCGGCAAGAUCGGGCAGGGGGGGCCCGCGGGGGAGCAGGCGGCCAUCGCGGCGGAGUCGGCAGCCCGCGCUUUGGCGGCGUGUCAGGCAAGGGGGCCCCGUGCUUUCCAGGCCUGCGUCUGCUGCGCCAUGCAGCAGUGGUCCGAGAACCUCCACUCGGAGUACCUCGUCGGCGACAAGUGCACCAUAAAGGACCGGGCCCAGUUCGCGGACUGCCUGUCGGCCGAGUGGUAUCACCAACGAUGGCCCCUCAUACCGCGCGACGAGCUGAUGUCGUCGGCUGUGGACUUUCCUCAUGGCGACUGCGAGGGCUCGCCGACGUUCACGAAGAUUCUCUUGCACAAGAGGCGCGUGCCACCAGAAGCGCUCGAAGGGAAGGUGCCAGUGAAAGUGUGCGAGGAUUGCCGGAGAGACCUGUGGUCUGAUCACCCCAAGGUGCCGCUGAUGGCGCUGGUGAACGAUCUCUGGCUGGGCCGCCACCGCCCACUGCUCAGGAAGGCCGCUCUCGCGCACCAGAUGCUGCUCGCGCUCGGCCGCGUCGUGUCCACGAAGAUCUACCUGUCCAGCAAGGGCGCCGACGAGGCCGUCCGGCAGGAGCAGCAGUCGUGGAGGCAGAAGUUCUUGCAGUACGCCAUGCAGGGCACCGCCAUCGUGUUCGGGAACGGGAACGUGGACCACGCGAUGCGGAGCUUCCCGCCGGAGCCCGACAUGCUCAGGGACACGUUCGUGGCCGUCUUCGCGGGCGCCGACGACGACGAGGCGCGGUUGUUGAAGCAGCGCAACUACGUGUGCAAUGACCCGGGCGUGCAGUGCCGAUCGGACCUCGUGGACCGGUUCCCCCCGCAGCCGGACGUGCCCGACUUCGUGCUGGCCUGCGCGAAGUAUAUCCCCACGGACGCGGCGUUGGACGACGUCGCGCAGGCGCAGGGGCCCGCCUCGGCCACCAUUGGCGCGCAGGCAGAGAUGAGCGCGGCCGCCGAGGACGCGCAGGAGCUGACCAAGUGGCUGUCCGUCCUUGAGGACCACAUGGACGACGUCAGCGAGCUCACGUCCUUGCCGGCGCUCCAGGGCAUGCUCGAGAGGAUGGAGAGUCAGGCGGGGCGCGUGGUGGCCAACGAGCUGAUGUCCAGGCUCGAGGAACAGGGAGGCGAGGAUAGGGCGCUGCGGCUGGACGAGAUCGGGCGUCACCGCCUGCGGGACCUCUGCCAGGAAUUCCACGCGCGCUGUCGGAAGAUCCCCCCUGGGGAGGACAUGGCGAAGUUGCACCGGCGCGUCCAGGCGCUGGAGACGAACAACUGCCAGGCGGAGGAGGGCGCGGGCGACCUGGCGCGACCUGCAGGAGUCGCGGGGGCUCCCGCCGAGGACGACCCGCGCUCCUUGCAGGGGCCGCCCGGCCCCGACGGCCAGCGAAAGGCGAGGCUUCGGGUGCCCACUUCGAGGAAGGCGGAGAGCUGGUGGAAUCCGAAGUACUGGUCGAUUGCCAGGCCCGCGGACUUCUGCUACGGGAAGCAGAAGGAGGGUCGGCUCUGCUUCAGCGUGGCGCACUUCAUCAAUAAUCUUCUCACGCGGGAGGAGAUGGAGUACGACGUGCCUGCCGACGUGGAGAAGUACGUGGCCAGGCCCAUCAGUCGUUUCCGGAGCUCCUGGUACGACGUGCACCUGCUGUGUUCUUUCUGGAGAGUCACGGAGACGACCAACAGCACCUACACCUUCAUGAAGACGCCCGGGGCGUUCGGGGCCGCUCGCGCCUGCGCGGACAUCACUCCGGAGAUGAUCGAGGAGGUGCAGCUCAGGGCGCAGCAGACGGGCGGGAAGGCCACGCUGCACGGCAUCCUCAAGGACAAGGGCACCCCGAACGAGGUGCGCAAGGCCUUCGCCACCCUGGGCCAGGCCACCGCCAGUCAAGUCGGGUCCGACGGACACCGGCGGGAGCUGCGUGGAGAGGGCGAGGCGUAUACCUUUCGCUUCGGCCCGCCCGUUCAGUUCGUCACCCCGAAUCUGGCAGACACCAAGCAGCCCCUGAUCCUCAUCGUGCAGGGAGAGGAGUAUACCUUCGGCAACGACCUGAGCGAGGCGGAGCAAGUCACAUUCAGCGAGAUGUCACAGCGCAUCGCCGCGGACCCCGUGGGCCAGGCCGUGGUGUUCGAGCUGAUGACGAGGCUGUUCUUCGUCCACGUCCUCGGCCUGCGCCCGGAGACCGUCGGGUGGCAGCGAGGAGAAGUUCGAAAGGCUUCGGAACACUGGAUCUCCGACGGCGUGGCGGCCGACCUCAUGGGCGUGCCCACGGUGUUCGGCCCCCUGGCGGCGGCCUUCGGUCCGGUCGAAGCUCAGGGCCGCGGCUCGCUGCACCCGCACAUCCUCAUCUGGCUGCUGCAGGGUCAGCUGCGCGUGCUCUUGGGCAUGCUGCAGCGCGACGAGGCGCACUUCCAGGAGCGCUUGAACCUGUGGAUGCGGCAGGUGGUGCAGGCCGUGGUCGCCACUCAGCAGAGCGCCGUGGAGCUGCUGCCCCUGCAGCUGCAGGGGGGCGAGAACAAGUGCGGGGUCGCGGUGCCGCCGCUGCCGUUCGGGCCCAACGAGAAGCGGUACUUCAGAGCCGACGGGGGCGCGGAGAUGGCGACUGCAGAGCAGCUCGGGGUCGAAGGCGAGACGGAGCCGCAGGAGCUUUGGUUCUACGAGCCCAGGGUAGACGACUACCACAGGGCGAUUCGCCCCGAUCUGCCGCUGCGCAACAACGACGGCGAGGCCGUGGACGGCGAUGCGGCGUGGACAGAGCAGAGGGCCGCGGAUAACAAGGGGUACUGGCGGCGGCCGCUCUCCAGCAGCGCCUCCGGCAUCUUCCCGAGGUACCGCGGCGGGGGCACCCUGGCGGAGUCUCUCCCGAGCGACGAGUGGAUUCGCGAGAUGUGCCGCGACGUGCGCGAGCUCGUCAUCGGCUGCGGCAUCCACGUCUGCAGCCCCUCCUGCUACAAGUACUAUUCCGACAAGACGCGCGGCUCGCAGAUCUGCCGCCACAACUUCUACAACCUGGUGACGCUGCGCACGUGGCCCGAGGGGGGGGACUCACAAGAGUGCCGGCUCCGCACGCGCGGAAAGGCUCUGCGCGGGUGCAUCGGCAUCUUCCGGGAGACGGACUACGGCAUGGCCGGGCGCAUCGUCACCUUCCAGCUCCACCCCGGGGAGACCUCGACGAAGUACGCGGCGGUCGUCUCGGCGCGGUGCAACGUGGACGUGCAGGACAUGAGACGGGUGCUGCCCCCGCGCCUGUGGAUGGAUGCGUCCGAGCUGGAACCGCCGGCGAACGAGGAGGACCGCAAGAGCUACAACCAUGGCCUCUACCCUCAGCGCUGCGCCGACUUCUCGGUGGGUGCUCGGGAGGACUGGGGAUGGUUCCAGCAUCUGAACACCACGUCCGCGGAGAAGUGGGACCUCGUCGUAGUCACCGACUGGCACGAGAUCUUCAGGGAGCUCGCGAACCGCGACAGCCCCGCCGUGGACGGUGGCGACACUGCGCGCGCCGAUCUCCAACGCGACCUGGAGCGGCACGCGCUGGCCACCUUCGUGGACGCCCACAACGCGAGCUACUACGUGAACUCGUACACCACGAAGGUGAACCCCAGCAUGGACGACGUGCUCUGCAAGCUCCUCGACGGCGUGCGCCGCCUGAAGAGCCAGUGGGACGACAGGGGGGCGCAGGCCGCGGGCGGCGCCGGCGACGAGGCCCAGUCGACCGCCGCAGGAAAGCGCAAGGAGGAUUUCAAGCGCACGCUGCAGGUGUUGGCCCGCUUCGAGACCUGCCUCCGCAGGGCCUCCUGGAAGAGCGGCAGCGAGAUGGUCUUCCCCAUGCUCUUCGGGCACCUCUCCUUCAUGACGCACCGUUGCUGGAAGGUGUUCAUGCGGAAAUCCAUCUACCUGGCAGCGGAGUCCUGGCGCAGGCGAUACGGCCAGGCCGACGCCGCGGAAAGCGCGCCGACCGCCUCGAUCACGUACGCGGCCCCCGGCACUGGACAGCAGGUCGCGAUGCCGGGGUGGCGCGAGGUGCAGCGCGAGGGCGAGACGGUGUACGUCAGCCCCGACGGCGAGGAGUUCGACGCGAUCGAGUACGCGCACCAGGCGUUCCAGAUCGCGAACGCCAGCGGCGGCUCGCUGCGCGACGCGACGAAGGCGCUGAACAAGAUGCGGGAAGGAGAGGCCGAAGAGGUGCCCGAGGCACCGGGGCCGACUGUCGAGGGGCUCGCGCAGGGCAAGUUCAGGGGCGCCGUGCUGAGCCAGCACGACGACUGGAUGCACCGCGGAGACCACCCUAUUGUUCGAGACAUGAGCUUGUACGUCUACAGCAUCUGGGUGUACCGCGUGGGACUGCCGUUGUACGCCCUUCCGGCCGGGGAGCUGGAGCCCGAGGGCAGCGGGGGUCGCACCCUGCACGUCGACAUCGCCUUCGACUCGUCCUACUCGGCGGCGCGGAGCUGGACUCAGAGGCUGGCCGUCGAGCCGCGCAUCCCGAGGGCCGACGGCUUCCAGUUCGUGGGCGCGGAGUCGAACUUGGAGACGCACUACCUCAUGAAGUCGGUGCUGCUCCGGCCAGUGCACCUGCCGGACGCCGACGGGCCCAACGACACGAAGGAGCUGCGCUACCUCUGCGCGUACGAGCACCUGUGCGCGGCGCCGGAAG